UUUUAUGCUGUGUUUAUCAGAGUACUUCUAUCCUUUAUCCUUUUUUUUUUUUUUUUUACUGUUUUAAUCUCUCACAUUUUUAGCCUCUAAGCAUUUAUGUUUUAGUCUCUCAUGUUUUUGCCCUUUAUGCCUUUAUGCUUUUAUGUUUUAGGCCCCACAUGUUUUUAGCCUCUAUGCUUUUUGCUUUAUUUUACUGUUUUAGACUACUACUACAGUUUUUAAUCUGCAGUGUUUCCUCAUAGGGGCCUGCCAAACUGGGAGUUGUCUCUGGUCUGACCGCUGGGGGUGCUGUCCCAUGGACGGUUUCGGCCCGGGUGGCUAGAGGGCUCUGCACCCCGGUGUGGGGCCUCCUGUUUGCUCGGGUUGGUGUGGUCUCUGCGGUGGCGCUCUCUGUGGCCUUGGACCGGGAUCUCUCUCUAGGUGUGGUUGGCUCCCCAAAGGUGUCGAGAAUGGUUGAACUCCUUGGCAUGCCAUCGAACCAUCUUCUUGCAAAGUGUAAAAAGGCAGACACUUACUUCACAAAAACUUGCACAGGAGUUUGGAGGAUCAAGACUCCUGAGGAAUAUUAUAAACGUCCACCAAAAAAAAAGUGGCGGCCGUUCAAAUGUCUGGAUGACGUGAGAAUAAUGCGUCGGGGGAAAGAUAGCAAGACUGAGGCUGUUGAGCAAAGGCAGUGUAUCAAGCUCCUGAAGGCCAUGAUGACAUUCGAUGCAGAUAAGAGGAUCACUCCUCGUGAAGUCCUCACUCAUCCUUUCAUCACCAAAGUCUACCCGAAGGUCCAGACUUUAAGAAAGAGCUGUGCAUGUAAACCUCCUGCCGCUCCCCUGAAUAAUAAAGCCAGCAGUAACAUCCGACCAGGCGACUUUACCCCAUCUCCUGAAAUUCUCGCAACAGCGGAGAUCUUGGUUCGACCUGUGACAGCCGAGAACGCAACGCUGCUGGAAGGUCAGGAGAGUACAGUUAGUGAGCCUACUGCUGCUCCUCUGGAGGAUGAAGCCAGCAGUAAAAUCCGACCAGGCGACUGCACUCCAUCUCCUGAAAUUCUCACAACAGCUGAGAUCUCGGUUCGACCUGUGACAGCCGAGAACACGACACUGCCUGACGAUCAGGAGAUUCCAGCUAGUUUUGAGUCUGGACUGAACAAGAUGUCAGAGCCCUCAGUGAGCAACGCCAACAGUAACAGGAAGAUAUCUGUGGACUCAACCACAUGUGGUGAGCAGUAUUGUUGCUCUUUGGCAGAACCUGCUGGAAUAUGACAAGCUGAGGGUUUGUUCGCUGCCAGACAUCAGAGCAGGCUGGACACAGGGAGGUUCCGUUCUCCCAAAUAGAGACAGGAGUUCACUCCAGGGGUGGAGAGUGUGAAGAGGCAUGCUCUGGCCACACCUGCCCCAAUUGCCCAGUGGCCAGAUUGCUGCUGCCUGCUUGAGUUGAUCUUCAUCAGGCUGUGUGCCAUCCACCAUAGUUCCAGGAAGAAAGGGGGUGACACAAUCUCUAGAUGGGAUCUCAUCCUGGAGGACUAUGGGAAGUUAGGCGGCACAUUCUGCUCAAUGGGACAAUUAUUACCAGUGUGAGCCUCAUUGCCCCGGUGCAGUGGCACAACAAAAGGGUGAAGAGGCAGGACACCACAGUGGUCAUGCAGGGGCUAGAUUUGCCUAGCACGUGCAAGAAAUGCAGGUAGUUCCACACUGCAGAGACCGGACAAAGCCAAUACAAAGGCACGGUUUACUGCCCCUCUGUAGAGGCUCUUCCAAAGGAGCAGUUGUUGGAGAUCAUGAACCAAAAUCCUAAAUGAUUAUCAUUAUCAUCAAAAUGUUUACCCAACUUCCUUAUGUACAGUGUGCCGUACCUCUGUUUCCACAAACUCAUAAUGAUUUUAAAUCAUAUUGAAAUGUGAAACAUUAUCUCUCUACUAUGUUUGUAUUUUUACCAUGAAAAGUAUUUCUAACUGGACCCGUCUGUUUUAAAAUAAAAACAAAAGGGGUUAUAUUUUGUGUGAAGAAAAUUUUUCCACUAACUAGUGACUGUCAAAUAACUGGAAUUAAAAUACAGCGUUUUCUGAAAUGGUCAUCACCGUUUGCCAGAGGCCAAGAUGUUUUUGUUUCACCAGUUUCAAAGACCUAGUCAUAAGAUUUGCAGACUUUUGUUAUUAGAAUAUUGUCUCAGUUCUAUUCAUUCUUGAAUGUGAAUUUUUUU